UAGGCGUUGUGAGGGAGGAAAGCGAGAGAUGGGAAGGGGAAAGCUCAAAAUCCAAAGGUUGGAAAGUGCGAAGGCAAGACAGACUAAAUAUUCAAAGCGCAAAGCAGGCCUUGUUAAGAAGGCAAAAGAACUUGCUAUACUGUGUGAUGUUGAUCUAGCCCUUUUGUUGUUCUCUCCCGCCGACAGGCCAACACUUUUGGUUGGUCAGGACAAGGACUUGAGUGCUGUUGUUGAGAGACUCUCUAAAUUGUCUUUGGAAGAACGUGAAGAGAGGAGGGCCUAUACCAUGAAGGUGUUGACUAAAUUUUAUGAAAAUUCGGACUCAGAGGCUGAUCCAAGAAACGUCUCCGAAGACAGAAGCAAUGUUCUGAAGUUACAUGAAGAUCAACUGAAGGAGUUGAAGGAAAAGCUUGCUGAGAAGAGCAAGAUACUGAGGGAUUGGAAAUACCCACAAAAUGUUGAGGACCUGUCACAAUUAAAAAUUAUGGAAGAGCAUCUCAUUGCAUAUCUCAACGGAAUCAGAAACAAGAAGUGUCAGUUAGCAAUGGAGCAGCUAAAGGGACAAGAAGGUUUAGAGGGGACUAAGUAGCUUGAAACUUAAAACUAUUAUGCAGUCUUUUCAGAUAACUCUGGUGGCCAAUAGGAUACCGGAGAUAUGCAGCAGAGAUAAUACAAUAAGGAAAAAUAAACCCAGAUUAGAAUGCAG